AGAUGCACAAGAAGGAAAUCGUAGAGGCCGUAACAAUCAUAGAAACACCUCCAAUAGUAGUUGUCGGAGUUGUUGGCUAUGUAGAGACUCCUCGUGGUCUUCGUUCGCUAACGACGGUCUGGGCCCAGCAUUUGUCCGAUGAAUUGAGACGCCGCUUCUACAAGAGUUGGUACAAGUCCAAGAAGAAGGCCUUUACUAAAUACGCCAAAAAGUACGCAGAGAAUGCUAAGCCAAUUGCCCAGGAACUGGCCAGGAUCAAGAAAUAUUGUCAAGUUGUGCGUGUGCUUGUCCAUACGCAAAUCUCCAAGGUGCACAUCAAACAGAAGAAGGCGCACUUGAUGGAGAUUCAAUUGAAUGGAGGCACAGUUGCAGACAAGGUCGAGUGGGCCAAGAAGCAUUUCGAGAAAGAAAUCGAUGUUAAAUCGGUAUUCGAGCAAGACGAGAACAUUGAUGUUAUCGGAGUGACGAAAGGAAAAGGAUUUGAAGGUGUUACGCAUAGAUGGGGUACUAAGAAUUUGCCGAGAAAGACGCACAAGGGGCUUCGUAAGGUUGCUUGUAUUGGUGCUUGGCAUCCGUCAAG